AUGCUUCGGCGUGUGUUUCGUAGUAGCGUUGGCCUAUCGCAAGCUGCCCUACGGGUUACGGCUAUAAGGACAUUAGCGGCAAAUGUUGCUGCAGUUGAAGGAGACGACCCCCUGAAAGGUCUCAUCGACGCGCUAUCUUCCGAGAAUGAAAUCUCGUCAGUUACCGAGCGGAUAAAAUCCCCAUUCACGCAUGUCGCCAGUUUUAAGGAGCUCAAGAAGAGAGUCGAGAGCCACAAAGAACCACUUUCUCCUGCCGAAUACUUAGGUGUGCUCAAGGCAGCUUUAUUUUUGGACAAGGAGAAGAAAAUCGCUCCUGCGUUUGUUAAGAGUUGUGGAAAAGGGCUCAGCGAGGCUGACAUAGCGGCUAUGGGCGUUAAUGACGAGUUUGUUGCCAUAAUGACUGGACUGUUGGAUCUUGGACUUAAAGAAGAGGCCACAUUCUGUGAAAUGGAGAAAAGGCUACUCUCCCAAAUCAGCGAAACGGAACUCUCUAUCGCGGCUGUUGUUCCUCUGAUCAUAGCCUGUAAUCGCGUUGGCUAUGCUUGGCCGAAAGAGCUAAAAGCAGCCGUGAAAGAAGCUCUAACAUCGCAAAUAAGGGAUAUCGACAAUGCAAAUAUUUUAAUAGCGGUCCUUACACAUUGGGAUCCAAGUGAUAGAGAAGUUUCGCAAGCAGCCGCUGACAAGACAGCUCAACUGCUUGGUACCGAUUUGUCGUGCUGUGUGCUAACUAUAGGAGAGAUGUGCUCUCUGAUGAGCCGGUUUGCCGAAAGAGGAAUUCGAGAUAAGCGGCUGCUUCCGCUACUUUCGGCGAGGAUUACGGACCACCGUACACCCCUAUCUGUUCGCCAACUAGUGUCUUUGGCAGCUUCGUGUGCUAAGCUGAAUUAUUUCGAUGGAAGGGUGCAGCGGCGUCUUGUUAAAGAUCUUCUAGUCGAUGUUAACAAUCUGCAGAAUUGGUCGGAUGUUUCUUCCUUAGUGAAUUCAUUUAGCAGAUUGCGUUUCGGCGCAAUGCCCGCAUGGAACGCUUUAGCCACUUGGGUGAACAAUAAUGUGGACGAUGCUCCCUUAGAAUCGCUAUCUAUUGUUAUAGCAGGAAUGGCUAGAAAUGGUGUAGAGGAGUGUCGUCCUGCUGCUUUGAAACUAGCAGAACGCGUUCGACGAGAGUCUGCACCUUCGCAAAACGCCUGGCUGAGCACUGUUCAUGCUCUAGCUUAUUUUCGGGUGCUUACUCCUGAUUUAGCUGAGACAGUUUUGAACAGAGAUUUUGUCAACCAGCUUUUACAAGCUACUACAUCCCCAGGGGAUAAACUCUUCAAGGCCAUGAAACUCCUACAGAUCAGCGCGUGUGCUCGUGUAGAUCUAGGAAAAUCUUACACCGGCCCAACAGUGGAUUUAUCGAAACUCAGCUCUUCUAUCAAGUUUGAUGACGAGACGACCAGACUAGCUCGGCUCAACAAAUACGGAAAGAAAGAACUAGAGACGUGUAAUCAUUUUCUGGCCGAUGUGGUAUUCAAAAUGGGCUCACCAUCAACUCACAUUGGUCCAUCUUGCAUAGACAAUGAUGGCGUGCUUUUCGAUGCGCGAAUAGUGUGCGAAAAGGAAAGUAACCGACUCGUAGCUAUUAACAAAUGGGGCGAAAGUGUGCCACGACCGAUUAUAUUCUUCGCAUGGGGUCAGACGCGACAGCUCAUCUCGGAUGUCGUUCCGACAGAAGCAAACGCACUCCUUGGAUGGGAUCAACUUUCUCUCAGAUUGUUACGGGCUAGAGGAGUAAAACCGAUUGUGGUAUUGCAUAGUGAACUGAGUGCAUUCACAUCGUUGGCGGACAAAUUACAAUUUCUGAAGAAGAGGAUCGCAGAUACAGCUUAG